UCCCAACAGGUCUUAUCAAAGGGCCAAAGCCUAUGUAUAAUAAACAAUAAGUUUAUUAUUAUCAUCAUUAUAAUGAUUAUUCUUCCUUUGUCCGGUUUAUCUGAGAAGACAAAAUGAAGCUGAUGUUCAGUGUGGUUCUUCUCCUUCUGCUGUCCUGCUCUACCAGCCAAGCAUCAGAUGUCAACAUUACAUCCAUUCCACCACAUGUUGACGGUGUAAUUCAGACGGACUUUAAGGGGACAGUGAGCCUGACCUGUGCACUCAAAGAUGGCCCUCACGAAGAUAAAGAGUUGGUGUGGCUGAGGAAUGGAGCUACGGUGAAUCUGAAUGAUGGAAACAAGGAGAGCGUCAGCCAUGUGUGCAUCAAACCCAUCUAUGAAGACGAUGAGGCUACUUUCACCUGUCACCUCAAGAGCAAUGCCUCCAAUGAGGUUACUGUUACCCUCAACGUCACAUAUCACCCAGAACUCUCCGGUGAAGAGGCCGUUACAGUAGAAGAAGAGGCAGUGCUGCUCCUGGAAUGUGACAUGAGGGCCAACCCCGCCAUCACGGCGGUGAUGUGGAAACUAAAUGGAAGCAUGGUGGAUCUAACAGCAGGUUUCACAGUCACCAAUGAUGGCAUUACCAGCCAGCUAAAUGUCAAAAAAGUGGAGAGAAGCCAGCAUGAGGGGUUGUACCAAUGCACGACAUUAUCUCCUAUGUAUGGAGAUAAAAGCAAGACUUUCAAAGUCACUGUCACAGAUAAGACCAUGAAGUUCCCACUGAUGCCGACGAUAGCAGGUCUGGUGGUGGUGUUCUUCACUAUGCUUCUUGCUGUAGUUUCACGGCGGAAGAAAAUUGUAAAGGUGGGACACUUAGAACAAACUCAGAUAUUACUGAUCAGAUUAUUACUGCACAGAUAUCUGAAGGGUCUCUCUCUCUCAACAGUGCUUCAAAAAGUAAUCCAAAGGAACCUGGUCCUCAGAUAUUUCAUCGAGUGAGACCAACCAUGAAGGCAUCGUUUCACUGUAUAGUGCAAGAGGCAUUGAUUAUCCUUUAAUAUGGUUUAGUUUCAUAUAAUUUUGCAUUUGGACCUUUACCAGAACCAUAUGCAUAAGAAAAAAAAAAUAUUAAAUUAAAAUAAUUAUAUUACUUUCUUGAGUCAGUGUUAGGUUGUGUUUUUACAAUGUUUAGACAAUACCAUAUGUGUUAUUUAAUUGCUGUUGUUUUUCUCCUCCAUUCUAAUGUUAAAAUAUACUUUAAAAAUUUGACUGAAUAUAAAAGCUAACAGUUAAGGUAUUAUAUUGGGCGAUUUCAG